CGCCGAAAACGGAAACGGUCGUGCGCAUUCCGUUAUCCGAGAAUCAAAGAGAGUGGUACAAGAUCCUUCUCGAGAACGAGAAGGGGCUCUUCGGCAAGCUCGCGACGACGAACGCGACGUCGGAGAAGGAGGCGCUGGACAACGGCAGAUGCAUCGCGGAGCAGAGCGCGCUCGACGCCGGCGACGAAGAGAUUUCGGAAGAAGCCGAGGAGGACAUCGACGUCGCGGCGGCGAAGACGCCCGGGAUGAAGAAGUCGCAGAGCAUGAGCGAGGUUGCUCCCGCGAAGACCCCGGGGACGGGCGGACGCAAGGGCGGCUCGCAGCAGUUCACGAAGCUGAACAACCUCCUGAUGCAACUCCGAAAGGUGUGCUGCCAUCCGUUUUUGUUCGGCGACGAAGCCGUGCACGCGGCGGUGGCGAAGCACGGCGGCGAUCGCGUCGAAGCGCUCAUCGCCGCGAGCGGAAAGCUCACCGCGCUCGAUGAGAUGCUCCCGAAGCUCCACGCGGGCGGGCACAAGGUGCUCAUCUUCUCGCAGUUUAGCAUGAUGCUCGACGUCCUCGAAGAGUUUUGCGAAGCCAGGGGCCACGCGCACCUCAGACUCGACGGUAGCACGUCGCUCGCGCGGCGGCGAUACGAGACCGCGCUGUUCAACAAACCAGACGGCCGGCACUUCGUCUACCUGUGCUCCACGCGCGCGGGCGGCCUCGGGAUCAACCUUCAGUCCGCGGACACGGUCAUCCUCGCGGACCCGGACUGGAACCCCACGUACGAUCAGCAGGCGCAAGACCGCGCGCAUCGAUUGGGGCAGAAGCGACCGGUGACGGUGAUUCGCAUGUGCCACGCGUCGAGCGUGGAAGAGGGCAUCCUCGCCGUCGCCGCGAAGAAG